CUUGCCAGCCCACAAGGACCCGAACGAGGCAGCGCCAUGUUGAGCCAAGCCGUCGACCGCCGCCGGGAUAUUGUCGGCCAGGACAUCCUCUCGCCUUUUUAUGCCCCGCCCGACCGCAAGACCUCAGCCCAGAUCAUCCGCGAAGCAAGGAAUGCCAUCAAUCUCGGGGAUGCCGGAAUGGGCGUGCAGCGGAUGGGCGUGAGAACGGUGCAGACCAAGCGCCCCUUCACGCCCCGGGAGAGAGAGAGGACUCUGUUCAGUAGCAGCGCCGGGACCACGCGGGGGGAACGGCCUCCGAGUUCGUUCACAAUAAGCUGCCUUCGCUGGUGUCCUCUCGAAGGGUUCAAAGGCACCAAUUUCGAGCUCUGUCCCUCUGCGACUGAAUCCCAAGAGGAAGAAGACGAUGGUUCCCACAACUCGAGUCCGAGUCCUGAGUCGAGACCGGAUGAGACGAAGAAGCAACUCCUGAACAACGCUGACCUGGAGGUGAGUGACCUGGAGUCCUCCCUUAAGCUAAGGAGGGAGUUUCAGUCUCCUACGACGGCUCCGGCAGAGGAAAAUAAGGCUAAGGAGACGGGCAAGGCGAAGGACGCGAAGGCAGAGAAGAAGCAAACCGACGACAGCAAAGCCCCUCCUCCGGAACCCAUCGUCAAGAGCCACGCCCCCAAGCCCACGCCCAGGCUCCGGAAGACCGACUCCGCCCAGGGCAAGAAGAGCAUCUCGAAGCGGGCUGGCGUCGACAGGGACUGGCGCCACGCCGUCGAGGGGAGGAGCCAGAACCCGCAGACGGAAGGUGGGGCAGUUGGAGGAGGAGGUGUGAGGCUAACCAACUACCGCCACCUAACAGCCCAAGACGAGGACAAGGGCUUGACAUCGCAGACUCCUACCAACCGAGAAGUGGCCGUUGACCAAACCGUUUACUACGAGGAGAAGAUCAACCCUAUUUUGGACGAGAUUAGCAGGGCGAGUAACUUCCUUUACUUCCGUCGCCGCAGCUGUUGGCGAAGACGUGCUGGCCGAGCUGGUGGGGAAGCUGUACGGCGCCCUGGAAGCCGGCGGUCUGCUGGGGCGACACUUCAGGUACCGAUCUCAGGUCCUCAGGGCCGUCUUCCGCCUCGUCGACCGGGAGCACGGCGCCCUCCUGGCCAAUAUCGCCAGGGUCAUGUUAGCGCUCAAGUGUCAGGCAGCAACCUAACCUCAGUCUGCAAGCUCGUGUUCAAAGUAACCCGCCACGACGCCAACGACGCUCUCUUCCUCGAGGGUAACCUACUCGACCUACUCCUCGAGGCCGUGGCUUGCGUCCCGCCCCUGGAGCAGCCCGAGGCGUGUGUCUAUGGCUACGGCGCCCUCAAGUUCCUCACCAUGAACUCCCAGCUGGUGACUCGACUCCUGAACCGAGGGGUGCUCGAGUUGCUGGUUCUGCACAUGAAGCUCAUCGUCAACCAUCAGCAGGAGAGCGGAAGUGUCCCCGAACAGACACACUACGCCCUAGUGCAGCUGACAGGAACCCUUCGCCACGUGAGCAGCUGCGAGAGGACUUUCCCCCUCCUGCUGGUGACAGGGGCGGUGCCGCAGGUGUGCAAUCUGCUGCAACAUUUCUCCCACGAUGCAGAUGUGACCGCUAAUGUGGUGAGAAUUCUGAGCAUCAUAUCCACCCACGAGGAGUGCUGCGCCGCCGCCGCCGCCCACCCUGGCACCCUCCCGGCGACAGUGAACGCCCUUCCCCGCCAUGCCUCCUCGCCCGCCAUCGUGGUGCGACUGGCCUACGCCCUCGGGAACAUGAUGGCCAAUUCAGACGACGCGCGAUGGCAGUUGUUUAGCGAAGACGGCUUCACGGAGACACUCCUCGAACUACUGACGGAGUACUUACGACGGGACCGACACCACCAGGCCGAAGAGAUGGCCGACCCUCUCACGUCUGCCAGCGGCGCUCCUGAAGACGUCAUGGUCAAGCUGAUCCGUGUCCUGGCCAAUGUCUCCGUCCACGCUCGAGUUGGCCCCGUCUUGGCCAGGUCGAGGACUUGCCUUUCCCUCCUCAUCUCCGUCUUGAGACACAAAGCCGUGGACGAGAGCGAGGAGCUGGUGCUGUCCGCCUUGGCCACUCUGAACAACCUGACCUUCUACACGAGGGACCAACCUGUUUCGGCUCUUCAUACACAACUCGCUGAGUGCUUGUGUGAUAUGUUGCCAAUGGAUCAUGUUGAAGGUCUCGUGGAAACCAUCAGAGUAUUUGGCAAUCUGACCCAUUUCAGAGAGAUACGAGACAUCGUUACUAAGAGGGCUGACCCGGCGAUGAAAGGAAGCCGCUUCUCGGGCUGUCAUGUGCUGGAGAUCCUUAUUGAGAUGUUGGACUGUGAUUCACGAGAACUGGUAUAUGUCUGUGCUGGUGUGCUAGUCAAUCUAAUGUCAGAUGCAUCCAGACGAUCCAUCUUCCAAGAGGAAAAUGGAGUAUUAAGGAUGAUAGAUGUACUGCAGUACUUUGGAUAUGGAGACUGGCAGCUAUGUAGUCUUGCUUGCCAAGUACUUUGGAACUUCUGUGCCUCUGCAGCCGAUGUUCAGUCAACACUUGGUGAUAAGGAAACAGAAAAGCUGGUUUUUGUUCUAGAAGAAUUUUUGGAUGAUGAUUCGUACUUCAACAAUCCCGAAGUUUUUGGUGAAUGUGACCCUGAGACAAAGGAUGUUGUGUAUCAACUGUGGGAAGAUUUUGCACAAGUCGCCACAAAACUCCUUGAUCGAAUUGAGGAGAACACUUCUUCGUUACCCAUAGUUUCACCCACUUAGCAUGUAAACUAAAGUGUAUGGCAUUGUCGACUUAUAAAGUGUGUGGUUAUUCAUGUUACUUACUUUAUAUAACCUAUAUACAGUGCUAUAAAUAUAAAUAUUAUACAUCCUUAAUAAACAAA